AUGUGUAAGAUGUUGACGAAAGUAGGGCUGCUGCUGGCAGUGGUUCUGCUGCAAGUAUCUUUAUCUAUGGCUGUCAGAGACUAUAUUGGUCUUCCUGCUGGACCAUAUUGUGCGUCCAGGUAUUCUGGAUGCUGCCCUGGACGACAGGAUGACUGUAGUGCUCCAAUCAUAGGUACAUUAUGCUAUUGCGAUGACUUUUGCAAUAGGACGAGAGCAGAAGACUGCUGUCCUGAUUUCUGGUCGUUCUGCAAAAACGAACCAUCACCAAUCACCCAAUUAUCUUGCCAUGCCAAUGGUAGAGAAUAUUUUUCUGGUACAUCAUACCAGGAUAACUGUAAUAAAUGUACUUGUACUGUGAAUGGACCCAUUGCCGAAUUUAUGUGCGAACAACACAUUUGUUUGCUUGAUGAAAACAUGAUCGAUGGAAUCAAUAUGGACAGCCGUCAUUUAGGAUGGACUGGUGUCAAUUAUACUAAAUUCUGGGGUCGUAAAUUGGAAGAAGGUCUAAAUCUCAGGACAGGAACAUUACUCCCCGAAAGAUCAGUAAUGCGUAUGAAGCCUAUUCGCAAGAUCUACGAUCCAAAUUCACUGCCCAGAUCUUUCAGCACAAUUGAUCAUUUCGGUAACUACAUCGGUCCAGUUGUCGACCAAGGCUGGUGUGGAUCAUCUUGGGCAGUAUCCACUGUCAAUGUUGCUGCUGACAGGUUGGCAAUUUUGUCUAAAGGCAGAGAAACUGUUCGAUUGAGUGCCCAGAAUCUUCUGGCCUGUAAUAAGAGGCAUCAGAAAGGAUGCAGAGGUGGUCAUUUGGAUGUUGUUUGGCAGUAUUUGAGGAAGAAUGGAGUCGUUGAUGAAAAAUGCUACCCAUACGAAGCAAGUGACCGUGGAUGCCGAGUCCACCGAGGUGAUAAUUUGCUUACUGCCCAAUGCGAUAUUCCAGAAAAAGUGUUAAGGACUGAAUUGUAUUCCGUUGGCCCUGCAUACCGCCUGCACAAUGACACGGAUGUCAUGCAUGAACUGAUGGUCUCUGGACCAGUUCAAGCCACCAUGAAAGUCUACCGAGACUUCUUCGCCUAUGCUGGUGGUGUCUACAGGCAUUCCUCUCACUCUGGUUCCCACGAUUUCCGUUACCAUUCGGUGAAGAUCGUCGGCUGGGGCGAAGAUACCUCUACUUAUCCACCUGUUAAAUACUGGACGGUGGCCAACAGUUGGGGCAAAGACUGGGGAGAUGACGGUUUCUUCCGAAUUGUCCGAGGAACGAACGAAUGCGACAUCGAAUCCUUCAUGUUGGCAGCAUGGACAAGGCCAGCUGAUCCAAUUCGAGACUUCGAUAACUAA